GGGACUAACAAUGAAAGGACUGGAGCGGACAGCAGUGGAUAUUAGAGCCGUAAUCCUGCACCAGCUUUGAGCGGUGAACGGCACCGAAGACAUCACCCUCUGAAAAGGAUAGCAUGGCGAUUACACCCUGAUUUGCAGAGAUCAUGCUGUUCGACCAGGAGAACUUCCAGGGCAGGAUGGUGGAGAUCCAGAACGAGUGCGUGAACAUGUGCGACCGUGGCCUGGACAGAGUGCGCAGUCUGCGCGUGGAGUGCGGCCCCUGGGUUGGCUUUGAGCAGACUAAUUUCCGUGGCGAGAUGUUCAUCCUGGAGAAGGGGGAGUAUCCUCGCUGGGACACCUGGUCCAACAGCUAUCGCAGUGACUGCAUCAUGUCCUUCAGGCCUAUCCGCAUGGACAGCCAGGAGCACAAGAUCUGUCUCUUCGAGCUGUCUGACUUCAAGGGCAACAAGAUGGAGAUCCAGGAGGAUGACGUGCCCACCCUCUGGGCACACGGCUUCUGUGACAGGGUGGGCAGCGUGAGGGUCCCUGGAGGAGUGUGGGUUGGCUAUCAGUACCCUGGCUACAGAGGCUACCAGUAUCUGUUUGAGUGUGGCGACUACAGACACUACAACGAGUUUUGUGCCAUCCAGCCCCAGAUUCAGUCCAUGCGACGUGUGAGGGACAUGCAGUUCCACCAGCGCGGGUGCUUUAACUUCACCACUGCCAGCAAGUGA